UUGAAGAGUUGGUUAACUCGAUAGCCAACAUGAAGAGCUUUAUUGACGUUGAGGAGGCACGCAAGGCGGAGGUUGAGAAGGCAAAAUCGGAGAAAGAGAAGUUGAAGCAAGAGAAAAAGGAGCAAGCACGUAAAGAGGAGGAAGAACGUUUGGAGAAGGAACGACGUGCCAAGAAGGAGGUUAAGAAACGCAAAGAGGAGGAAUUGAGAGAAGGGAUGCAAAAAGAUUUACAUACGGAGAUUAGGAUGCACGUGGGUGGGAUGUGCGAGGAACUACAACAUCGGCUGCUCGGACAGGUUCAGACAGGUAGUAAAGGUAAAGUUAAGUUACCUAGCUAUACAUCUGAUGUGGAGUCCUACGAAUCCGGAAACAGCGAUGUGGAGACUCUAAGUGAGCAGACGGGAAGAUUGAAUAUUACGGAGAAGAGGAAGCGAAGCGCCGAAAAAGUAGUUGGGGAUAGUCCUCCGAUGGAGACCCCGACGAAACGCACUGCGAAACGAGGUGUGCUUAACCCGAAACGACUCCUACUGAGUUGUCGUCUCCAAGCGAUGAAGAAAACCCCCAAGAAGUCACCUAUUCCAAGUAUUUUGAAGAAGAAGAAGAAGAUCCCGACCGAAUCAGGCUCAAUAGGCAAACUUCGAUAUGUGACGGAUAAUCUAUGCGAAUUGGGCUAUCUGAAUGUCGACGAGCUCAAACAAGUUUGCCGAGCUAAAGAUGUCCCCUACGAGGGGAAGAAGAUGGAGACCAUACUGGCGAUCGCGGAAAUGCGUACUCAAGUCGCCUACGGACCGGACAAGGAGGAGCGAGAACCGAUCGAAGGCAUUCAACAACAAACCGAGGUGGAGGAAACCGAUGAAGGGAUUGGCAGUGAAAAGGACGAGGAGACGUGCAGUGUACAUCAGCUGUGGAGAACAUGCAAAGCCCUGCUAUCAGUACGUAGAAUCGGACAAUACGAUGCAGUAAUAGAAGUCGUAUAUCGCUUAGUCGUCGUUCGCUUAGCGUUGCAUGACCAGAUCCUGUGGUUGAGGAAGUGUGUAAAUUCGUGGGUUAGUCUCUACCAACGAUUUGGGGUCGUAGCUUUUAGCGGCACCAUCGGAGGAAUCUAUGUCCUUGCUUCGCCUAUCUGCCGUGCGCAAUACGUGGGACAGACUAGUCGGGAUGGGACUACGAGAUGGAAAGAGCAUCUGUCCGUAUGCAGAAGGGGACGGAAACAGACACACUUGUAUAGAUGGUGGCAAGUCCUUGGAAUUGAAUCAUACCUACUGUUACCAGUGGAUAUGUGUCGAACCGAAGAAUUGCCAACACUUGAGCAAUUGUAUAUUCAACGAUGGAACCCAGUUUUCAACACCAGGGGUAUGAGAGAUAAAGGUAGCUCAAAAACCAAGCGACUAAGAGGUAAGCGUGAGCGCAGCAAGCAAGCACACUCCUUGCGAUGCGCCACACAGUCAACGGAAGUGCUACCCGUCAAAGUUAGCCUUGGGAGUCAGGACGAUCGGAGAGUGGAUAUUUUCGACGUGUUUAAGACGCAGGACGAGAAGGAUUGUCUGAAGUUUACUGUACGGACCCAGCGCGGUAAUUGCUCGUGCGGCGGUUGGAAACCAAUCAAGUCAGCUUUCGGGAAUUCGGUCGUAAAAGUGAAGGGCCAAAAGAAAAAGUUAUCUGAAUGUAAAAAGUUGAUGGAGGAGGGAGGGGUACUCAGUAUCGAACAACUGCGGAGAUGGGUUCCAAAAGCCGGACCCGAUAAGAAAUUUCUACGGUCCCUCUUUCAGAACCCGCAGCGUAUGGAAGCCCUCAAGAACUGUAACUUGGAAGCACUGACUAGAUUAAUGAAGGCAGCCGCUGACUUCCAGAAAGCCUCGACUACGACCUACUUAAGAAGGAUCGUGGCAAGGGCAAUUAAAGAAGUGUAUGGGUGGAGUAUCAAUGCAAAGAUGGUGGUGAGGUUGAAAUUUGACGAUCGAAUUAGGCUAGUGGAUGUCAGAAAGGUAGUGAAUGAUGCGAUUGAAGGGAUGGAGAUCCCGAACUAUUUGAAAGACGUUGCACGUGGUGUUGUUCGGAUCGUAUAGGUUAAGAACCCCUCCAUGGCCGACAUGCUAUACAAUCAGCGGGCAUUUGCCAG